CUGCCUGAGGGAGAGAAACAUGGCCAGCUUAACUUAUGACGGCUGUAAUUUCUUCAGACAAAGACUGAUUUUAUCCACACUGAGCGGAAAAAGACUGAAGAUCAAAAAUAUCAGAUCCAGUGAUGAUAAUCCGGGACUCCGAGAUUUUGAAGCGAGUUUUAUCAGGCUUCUGGACAAGGUGACCAACGGCACCAAAGUUGAAAUUAAUCAGACAGGAACUCAACUGUUUUAUCAACCUGGCCUGCUGUAUGGAGGAAAUGUGGAGCAUGAGUGUAGCACUCAGCGCUCUGUUGGGUAUUACCUGGAGGCGCUCAUCAUGCUGGCACCAUUUAUGAAGAAACCUCUCAAAGCUGUCCUGAAAGGGGUCACCAAUGACCCAGCAGACCCUUCAGUAGAUUUACUGAAAGCCACUGCAGUUCCUCUGAUGAAGAAGUUUGGGAUUGAUGGAGAGGGUCUGGAAAUCAAGGUUGUGAGGAGAGGCGUGGCACCUGGUGGAGGAGGAGAAGUCCAUUUUUCCUGUCCUGUCAGACGGACCAUUAAACCUGUUCAGUUUAUUGACCCAGGCAAGAUCAAAAGGAUCAGAGGAACAGCAUUCUCUGUGCGAGUGUCUCCUCAGAUGGCCAACAGAAUAGUGGACUCUGCCAGAAGCAUCUUAAAUAAAUUCAUUCCAGAUAUUUACAUCUACACAGACCACAUGAAAGGAGCCAGUUCAGGAAAGUCUCCAGGAUUCGGACUGACCCUGGUGGCGGAGACUGUAAAUGGGACAUUUCUGAGUGCAGAGAUGACAUCAACCCCUCAGGGCCAAGGAGACCCAGUGCUUCCUGAAGAACUCGGCAAGAAUUGUGCCAAGCUGCUUCUGGAGGAGAUCUACAGGGGUGGCUGUGUGGAUUCAACCAAUCAGAGUUUGGCUCUCCUGUACAUGACGCUAGGCCAGCAAGAUGUGUCCAAAAUUCUUCUGGGUCCUCUCUCGCCCUACACGAUCGAGUUCCUUCGGCACAUACGUGACUUCUUCCAGAUCAUGUUCAAGAUUGAGCAGCAGAAAUUGGAUGAAGAUGAGCAGAAAGGGGGUGAGAAGGUGCUAAUGACCUGUGUAGGAGCUGGUUACACGAACAUCAGCAAAACAAUAAAAUAAAGACUGGACGCCCUAGAGCUGUGUGUCAAAUCGAUUACAUAGGAUUGUGUGUAUACGCUGAGAAAUUCAACACACUGUGGUGUGACAUUACUACAAGAUUAAUCAGAGCCACCAGGAAUGAAGUUGAGAACCUUGGACACAUUCUGCACUCAGUUAAGAAGUUCGAAGUCUUCGAAAGUUGAUCUUCAAAACAGAUGAUGCACAAAGAGUAAACGCUUCAGUAAAGAUACGAGUAAAGAGCUAGUUCAGAGUUAAUGUCCACAUUUUUUAUAUACCAGUUCCAAAUUUCUUGUUGUUAACUGUAUUAAAAUACAAAGUAACUGUGUUGACUUUUGUAGAAAAAAAAAUCAUUUUAAAACUAUAGUUUGCUGCAGAUGUUUGUGCUUUUUUCUCUUUCCUUUUAUUCAGACUUGUCUUCAUAUACUUAAACAUUAUUGGAUUAUACAUGCUCAAACAACGGGAUUAUAGGCAACAGAACAGACAAUUGCCAGACUAAGUGGUGCUAAGAAAAGACACCGUCUGGCAUGCAGUUCAGUCCAUGCUUUGGUCUUAAUAUCGUAUUUCAGUUUUAUAACUGUUUGCUCUGAUUUCAGCACUGUAGUCUGUAUCCUGGCAUACUUGGCCUCUGCAUUACUGAGGACAAUGAUACGACUACCACAUCUACAAGAAGACAGUUUAAGUAGUUGUCUUUCCCCAGCUAAAUCUUACUAAGUCAUAUUUGCGAUCAGUAAUGUCAGAACCUUUUGUAUAGACUUGACUGAGAUCACAUUUUGCAAAAGUGAUGAUUUUACUUCUGCGAUAGUUUUUUAAAAUGUAUUAUUAUUUACCCUGUUCAUAGCUGCACUGUGUGUGUGAUUGUGAUGAAAUGGUAUGUAAGGUGGUUGCAUCUUGCUUGUUUUUGAGCUCUAUUAUAGGGUGGCAUGUAUGUUUUUGCCCAGUGGUGCAGUCAGUUGUAGCCUAGUGGUUAAGGUGCUGGACUAGUAAUCAAAAGGUCACUGGUUCAAGCCCCACCACUGCCAGGUUGCUACUGUUGGGCCCUUAAGCAAGGCCCUUAAUUCCCAAUUGCUUAGACAAUACACGGUCACCGUACUCGCUUUGUCGCUUUGGAUAAAAAGUGUCUGCUAAAUGCCAAAAAUGUAAAUGUGCAGUCUGUUCAUGAGAACAGAUUCAUAAAAUGUGGAACGUUUUUAUAAAUAAACAAAUAUUUAAUAUGGUA